AGCCACUGAGUUGGAAUUAUAAAUAAAUUUUCUGUGUCCCAACUGUGGAAAUCUUGCUCUCAAUCGUGCUCCAUCAUUGGAGGAGUUCAGCAAUUCUUAUUUGCUAUGAAAAUUUGAAGAAAAUUUUCACUCUGUUUCCUGCAAUUAAUAUAUAGUCAAGUAUAUUUAGUGAAAAUCAUUUACAUAAUAAAUUGUUCUGGUGCAAGAAGGAAAAUUGUCUAUAAAAAUGACAGAAAAACUGCAAUUUCUCAUGAAACUCAAUGAAUUCGCUACGCAAUUGUACCGGAUCUGUGCUAGUGGCAAAGCAGAUGAAAACAUAGUUAUUGCUCCAUUCUUUCUCCAAAACCUUCUCACAGCUACGCUUUACGGAUCGCGCGGCAAGACGAGCGAGGAAUUGUUCACUGCUUUAAUGUACAGUGGUCAAAAUCUUACGGGGAUUGCGGUAAAUUUUCGUGAUCUUAAUUCCAGUUACCGUGACACUGUAUCAAUUGCCGUGGCUAACAAGUUGCUUAUCAGAGAGCCAGCACAAAUGGAUGAGCAAUUCCCCAGCGAUGCUCGCCGUAAUUUUGAUAUAAGCAUUCAGAGUUUUAGCAAUCGUGAGAAAAGCUGCGCCACUGUGGAGUCUGUAAAUAAGUGGGUGGCUGAGAAAACGCAUCAAAAUGUAAAAGAAUGCAUUAGGCGCGGCCUGGAUUUUGAUGCUUCAAGUGAUAGCAUCGUCCUCGUCAAUGCGGCGCAUUUCGGAGCAGUAUGGGAGCACAAAUUUGCAAAGCAAGAUCAGUGUACCUUUUGGAUUGACGACAACCACUCCAAAAAUGUAGACUUUAUGUUUCUCCGCACAAAUUUGCGCUUUUCACAUUGCACGGAAAUCUCUGCGCAAAUCCUGGAAUUGGAUUUUGCAGAUGAUGACUUUGCAAUGGUAUUUGUUCUUCCUGAACAACGCACCGGAAUUAUACGACUCAUUGAACAACUGCCGAACAUAAAUCUUAUGUAUGCCGUGGCACAGCUGCGUCGUCAAGAUGUGAAAGUCCGAAUGCCGCGCUUUAAAAUAGAUCAUGGUUCGCGAAUGCGCGAAGCUCUUUUGCAGCUGGGCGUGCGUGACCUAUUCUCGGAGGAAACAGCUGAUGUCUCGGGUAUUGUGACAGAUGAAUCAUUCUACGUCUCCGAGAUCAUCCAUCGAGUCAGUGUUGCGAUCGCUGACGAUGGAGAAGAAAUUCCUUCAAACAAUACAUCAUCGAAUGCUCCACAGGAAUUCAUUGCCGAUCAUCCCUUUCUGUUCUUUAUUAAGCACAAGUGCAAUGUCGUUUUUAUAGGUCACGUUGCUAAUCCCAUUUCAUAAAACAGUAGAUACUUAGUGAUGAAGUGUGAAUUUUACAUGCGAUUGUGAAUGUGUUUUAUGAACCUUAUAUCUUAUAAUGUAUGAAUUCAAAGAGUAAAAAAAAAUAACAAACUUAUGUAAUUAUUUGUAAAAAUAAUAAAAUAUGGGGAAACUAAAAUCAAGUCAAAA